UCACUGCCGGCGGAAGGUCGGCGGCUAAAAGGAGGCGCAGACUUCUCCUCAGUGGCCCCCCAGUCCUCCUCCAUGGAGCCCCAGUCCUCGUCCACGGAGCCUCGGUCCUCCUCCACGGAGCCCCGGUCCUCCUGCGCGGCCCCGCGGCCUCCAGCACGGGGCCGCGCGCUGCUCCUCGCGCUGCUGCUCGCGCUGCUCCCCUCCGAGGUGUUGUGCAGGAACGAGGAGGAGCGCCUCAUCCACUACCUGAUCAAAGAGCGAGGAUACAUCAAAGAGCUUCGACCCGUUGAGAAGCAGCAGGACGCCGUCGACGUUUUCCUCGCUCUCACCCUCUCCAACCUCAUCUCUCUGAAAGAAGUGGACGAGACUCUGCUGACCAACGUGUGGAUUGAGCACACGUGGACGGACUACCGCCUGUCGUGGAACGUGACGGAGUUCGACGGCAUCGACAUGCUCCGCCUCCCCACCAACAUGGUCUGGCUGCCGGAGAUCGUGCUGGAGAACAAUAACGAUGCCCAGUUCCAGGUGGCGUACUACAGCAACGUGCUGGUGGGUUCCGAUGGUGGCUGCAUCUGGCUGCCCCCCGCCAUCUUCCGCUCCUCCUGCUCCAUCAACGUCAACUUCUUCCCCUUCGACUGGCAGAACUGCACGCUCAAGUUCACCUCUCUGACCUACAACGCCAAAGAGAUCCGGAUGCUGUUGAAGGAAGAUGGGAACGACGAGGAGAAGUGGACGGUGGAGUGGAUCAUCAUCGACCCGGCUAGCUUCACGGAGAAUGGCGAGUGGGAGAUCAACCACCGGCCGGCCAAGAGGAACACCUACAAGCACAUCCCCAUGGAGAGCAACAAGCACCAGGACAUCACCUUCUACCUGGUCAUCAAGCGCAAGCCGCUCUUCUACAUCGUCAACAUCAUCAUCCCCUGUGUGCUCAUCUCCUUCCUGGCCUCGCUGGUCUACUACCUGCCCGCCGACAGUGGUGAGAAGAUGACCUUGUCCAUCUCCGUGCUGCUGGCUCAGUCCGUCUUCCUGCUGCUGAUCUCUCAAAGGCUGCCGGAGACCUCCAUGUCUGUGCCCCUCAUUGUCAAAUACUUGAUGUUCAACAUGGUGUUGGUGACGGUGGUGGUGUUGAACUGCGUGGUCGUCCUCAACUUGCACUUCAGGACUCCGAGCACACACGUCAUGUCUGACUGGACCAAGAAGUUCUUCCUGGAGCGGCUGCCCCGCCUCCUGCGCAUGUCCCGCCCCUCGGAGGAGGAGCCGGCCUGGGACGGCGCGUUGCCGCGGCGAUCCAGCUCGGUGGGCUACAUCGCCUCGGCCGAGGAGUACUACAGCGUGAAGUCGCGCAGCGAGCUGAUGUUCGAGAAGCAGUCGGAGAGGCACGGGCUGACGGCUCGGGCCACGCACGCCGCGGUUGUGAAGCCGAAGGAGGAAGGAGGAGUCACGGAUCAGCUGUACGGAGAGAUGAAGCCGGCGGUGGACGGAGCAAACUACAUCAUCAAACACAGUCGCAACAAGAACGACUACAACGAGGAGAAAGAUAACUGGAGUGGCAUCGCUCGCACGGUGGACCGCCUCUGUCUCUUCCUGGUUACCCCGGUAAUGACCUUUGGCACCAUCAUCAUCUUCUUGAUGGGCAUCUGUAACACUCCCCCACAUCUGCCCUUCCAGGGCGACUCGCACGACUACAAAGAGGAAAACUACCGCCUGCUGUGACACAAACACGCACACACGUACACAUGUGCAAACACAUGUUUUUCUCCCAUUAAAAUCCACAUGUUUGUUUCCGGUUUCGUAGCUGUGUGUUUUUCUCAAACUUAAGUUUGAGGUGAAUAAUCCGUUUUUUAUUUUAUUUGUUUGGUUUGAAUAAACGUUUUCAUCUUUGAU